CACAAACACAACUGCAAACGAAACAUCGUCACCGAACGCUCGGUCACCGCCGCCUGCAGUUUGUCACCGCUGCGGAUCGGCUCCUCUCGACACGGCCGCAACACCCGCGGCCGUGUCGCCCACUUCACCGACUCGCGAGCCCGAUGCCGCCAUCAUCAAUAUGGGCUGACACCAACGCGAACGAGCCCGACGCGGGCACCAACAAAGCCUCAUAUACAUACAUAGCCAGUCAUGCGUCAUUAUAUGACCGGGGAUUCGAUUCCUCCGACUGUGUUGGUAGCAACACCCUACUAAGCGAGGAACUCGAAACGAGUGCGGCCUGGCUGAAACACCCCGCGCACGCUCUCGCGACAGGGAUAGACAAUGUCUUUUUCCCAGGGAGAGCGACCUUUACCGCAGACUCUCUGUGGAUGCCAUCGUCGUCUCCAUCAGAUGAGGGCCCAAUGUUGACUGGCGCGACAUUGUGUGGCCCAAUCUUGGAGGCAUGCAGCCCGAUGUUGAGUGACGAUGGCAUAGAGUUUUGGACGCCAUGGACGGGAGCUAAGCAAGCGAUCCCUAUGGGCUUUUGAGAUUUAUUCUUGCACGCGCAACCGAGCGCCGCAAACGAAUAUCGAAAUCUCACAUUUGCAUUAGCAUGAGUCGAAGAUCGACUUUACCAUUUUCUCGGGCAUUUACAAGCUCCACAUCCCCGGGAAAUUGAUACGCAGAUUUGUGGAAGCAUGUGAUAUUGGCGCAGCAUUACUAAAGUACAAUGGAUUUUAAUACGGAGAGCUAUGGUGGAGACUGAGCUGGAUAUGUUACAAUUCGGUAAUCAGAAAAUGAAUUCGGGAACAAAAGCGUGAAUGGAAAGCCUGCUUUUUCUCCAAACCGCCUGUAUCUGAUUAGUGGUGGCCUGUCAUUUGCUCAGCUGGCUAUUUUUAGGGGCCGCAUGACAUGACGGCUUAGAAAUGGCAUACUAGUAAUCUUUAACGGGCGUUUUGUCUUGGGUACGGUACACAGUAUCACAAUUUUGGCCUCGCCAUUGUGUGUCGCCCAUUGUGUGUGACGCCAAGGAUGGGAUUUUAUUACAGGCAGCCGUUAUUGGUCGAACCGCCGCACUGGAAGGAUGCGGAACAAUAGAGAAAUUAUAACUUGAAACUUGGAAACUCCUUUCUGGGUUGAUUACUAG